GACCUCUUGACCCCACAGCUGAAAUAAUGAGGCAGGUCACAUGACCCACACAGGUUGCCAAAAAGCCCCUCUGUUAGCCGGCUAACGUUAGCAUGAUGACUUCAGACAGAGAGGCUGCAGCUUGUCGGGUGACUAGAAAGUCAAAGGCCAAACUAACUUCACUGCUUGUGUCUGUGUGUGUGUUUAUACACAGCGAGCAGAAUAGGAAAGGGAGUGUCGUCUUAGUAACACAUCAAUGGAGGAAUGAUGCCCUGCCCUCUUCCUGUCCUGGAUGCAGAUGACAGGGAAUGUUUUCCUGUCUCAUGUGGCCCGGGCAGGACCCUGAUGAUAUCGUCACACCUACUUUUGCUCAGUGACCUUUGAGUCAUUAUGUCAAAACAUUAGGAACAGGCGUCCAUGUAAGCGUGGCCCCGUGCUGUCAUGUCAUGUCAUGACUGUGCUCCAGUGGGAGACAAGCCAUCAUGCUGAUCUUCAUCACGUUUGGAAUGCUGGACUGAGCAACACAAGCUUUUAUUCUGUGAACGUCUUCUCUCGUUACCACGGAGCAGGUGCAUGCUGGGAGCUGGCCAAGCUGAAUUCCUGCAUGUCCACCUGCAGCCAGGUCACAUGACAUAGCCAAGCUCCACCCAGCACGUCCUCAAAUCAAGUCAGGAGCUGCUUUGUUUAAAAAAAGGACGAGGAAGGCCUUAGCCCCCAGCUAAUGUUAGCCUCUCGUUAAUGUCAACUUUUACACGCCAGAUGCAAAUGAACUGGGCGGUGUCACAGUAGCGUCCAAUGAGAGGCAAAAGAAAGUGCUAAUGAGGGAGCUAAUCUUAUUUUUGUUUCCAUUUCAGCGAAAACAUGAAAUCAUCUUGUUUUUCUUCUCAGCUUCUCUCCCUGAAGCUCCGCCUACACAUUGUGUGUGUGUUUGUGUGUGCGUGUGUGUGCGCGUGUGCUUAUUUAAAGGGCCCAGUCAGCCUCUCAUCAUCAGGUCGUCUUCAUCCAAGGAAUAAAAUCUAUUUUUGGACUUUUGGACAAAACGGUCAGGUUGAAUGUGCAGAGAUGUCUCUGCUGCUUCUCACUGGAGUUUACUUCCUGUUAUCGUGGUCAUCAGCAACACACCCGUUGACUUGCGAGACCCGGGGGGCUGACCUGGCCCAGGAGACGGUGGUGGUCUCGUGUCCGGCUGACUGCAGCGGGCGCAGACUGUCUGUGUUUGGGACGGACAUCUACGCCGCCAUCUCGUCCGUCUGCGGCGCUGCUCUGCACAGCGGCACGGUGGGUGUUUCCGGAGGCGUGGUCAAGGUGGAGAGGUUGCCGGGGCGACACCCCUACAUCCGCUCCUUCGCCAAUGGCAUCCAAUCUCAGGCCUUGUCUCGAUGGAGCUCCUCCUUCAGGCUCAGCGAGCACCCCGAGCAACCUCAUCAGAUCAUUAGCGACGCCACCGCCGCCGCCACCACGCUGCCAGCAGCCAAGAAAGCGUUGAAGAAGUCGUCAGUAAAAAAAGUUCUUCCAGGAGGGAAUAAAGACUGUCAAAUGGACAUCGUCAUGGUGAUUGACAGCAGUGACAACAUUGGGCGCCGGCGCUUCAACCUGCAGAAGAACUUUGUCAGCAAGCUUGCCGCCAUGUUGAAAGUUGGAACGUCUGGACCACAUGUUGGCCUCGUUCAGGCCAGUGACGUUCCCAGAACAGAAUUCCUGCUGAGUAACUUCACACACAGUAAAGAUCUUCAGUUUGCCGUCAAAGAGCUCACACACCUGGGAGGACACACUAACACAGGGAAGGCCAUCAUGCAUGCUGCCCAGAUGUUGUUCACGCAGGAGAGUGGUGGGAGGCGGGGCCACCCUCGCGUGAUGCUGGUGUUAAUUGACGGCUGGCCCUCUGAUGACCUGGAUCGGGCGGCCAUGUUGGCCAGAGAGUCUGGCAUCAACGUCUUCCUGGCGUCCGUCGCCAAGCCCGCCCCCGACGAGCUCGCCAUGGUGCGCGACCACGACUUCACCAAGAAGGCGGUGUGCAAAGACAACGGCUUCUUCAACUAUCACAUCUCCAGCUGGUUCAGCACCACCAAACACGUCAAACCUCUCACACAGAGACUCUGCUCGCUGGACGGCCUUCUCUGCAGUCGGACAUGUUUCAAUUCGGUCAACAUCGGAUUUCUGAUUGACGGGUCGUCAAGCGUUGGAGAUCCUAACUUUCGUCUGGUCUUGGACUUCCUUGUGGCCAUUGCCACAAAGUUUGACAUCUCGGACGUUGGUGCUCAUGUUGGCGCGGUGCAGUUCACUUACGACCAGCGUCUGGAGUUCGGCAUGUCGGAGCACACCACCAAAGAUGGCGUCCUGAGUGCCCUGAGGAGGAUCCCCUACAUGAGCGGCGGGACGGCCACAGGAAGUGCCAUCAGCUACGCUGCCCAGAACUUGUUCAGGCGAACCGGACCAGGACGCAACUUCCUCAUCGUGGUGACUGACGGCCAAUCAUACGACAACGUAGGCGGGCCGGCAUUGGCCGCUCAGAAUCAAGGCAUCACCAUGUACUCAGUGGGCGUGGCCUGGGCACCCCCGGAUGACCUGAAGUCCAUGGCAUCAGCGCCAAAAGAAAGCCACACGUUCUUCACCAGAGAGUUCACUGGAUUGGCCGAACUGGUGGAUGCUGUGGUACGAGGAAUCUGUCACGACUUCAGCAUCAAAAACUGAAACACACACACACAGUGUACUGAUGCUAUGUAGCCUGUGUACAGUGAUGACAUCAUCACAACCAGUUUUUGUUCUUCACGUAUUUCCUCCACUAGCAGACUUUAUCUUGUAACUCCCUGUAUUGAAACUUGAUCAUUGAUGUCUGUUCAUAUUUAUUAUUUGUUUAUAUCCAAUAAACAUUUAUUUUACUA